AUGCAAUCUUCGUUGGCGGAACAGACGAUUGACUGCAUGGGAAGAUGCGUGGAUAAUUUGACCAUGGAAGAAAGAAAUCUAAUCACCGACAAUAUACAUAAAACUUUAACUCACCCAAAAGGCAAUGAACUAUUUGCGAGCUGCCUGGCAAUGUUUCCGGAUAGUUUGGCUUGUUUGAAUAUGUAUAAUACCUGUACAAAAUACCUCGCUGAAGAGCGGAAUAGACCGAUUGAUAAAACUUCAUCGGAAGAAUCACUGGAAUUUCUCAUUACCAAAGUGAAAAUGGUGCGGGAGACUGCUGAAGAUAUGAAUGAUCUAGAUUUCUGCCUUAUGAAGCAAUUUAAAGUGGCCUUAGAAACAAGAAGUCAAGAAACAUUGCUCAACGGUGACAUGUUCACGAUGGUACCGGUACGUGUUAGUCCAAAUAAUUGUUGUAGUAAUUAUAGAAAAACGUUUACAUCCAAAUUAUCGAACAAAAAUUUAUGUAAUAUGAAGAAGCCUCCAAUUAUGACUGCAAACAAUGAUUUUGAUGAAAUGGAUAUCGAGUCAUAUAUCAUCUUACGGCAUCCACCUGCAAGAAUAACAGUUCAAGAAAACCAAACUAUGGAUCCACCUGCAAAAAGAGCUAAACUUCAAUCGGGUGUUUCUGACGAGUAA